CGACGAAACCGUUCGACACCCUUGGCGUUUGAACACCCCUGACGAGACGAAAGUCAUACAGGGCGAACGUCAAGAGAAUCGCAGCGAAACGGGAGAAGCAAUCCAACCAGCGAGGAGUAAGGAGCAAAUACCAAGCCAUAAGCGUAACACGGAUAUUAAUUAAUUAAUAUUAAGUAAGCGUUAAAACUCAGAUUAGUGAAGGGACGAGAAAAUUUCAGAACCGUUUCAAAGGCGGUUAGCGAAAAUUCAUCCCAACAAAUUCUGAAAUUUUCUCUCACGUAAGAGAAAGAGAUAGAAGGAUGGACACUACACCGAAGUGCCAGCUGUGUAGCCAACCACAGGAUGAGAAAGCCACGAUGGAGAAGUGCUGCUUGUGCACAAAAUGGGAACAUGCUACGUGUGCGGGACUGACCGUUACCGUCAAAGAUCCAGCAUCAAGGUAUGUAUGCUCCGCGUGCAGAAUGAAGCAGGAGUCCACGGCUGCCAAAUUCCGUGACGAUCGGGACACAGCCAGCUUGAAACCCGCUACGCGAUCGAGGAAGGGGUCAACGGCCUCCACUAAGCGAAGCGAGAAGAUUGCACCAGUAAGUGUUACAUCAACUAUCCUCUCACUAAACGUGGAAGAGAAGCUUAAGCUAGUGGAAGAGGAACAACGGAUGCGAGAGAGGGAGAUCGCAGAAAAGCGAGAGAUCGCAUGUCGUGAGAACGCAGAGCUGAUACGUCAGUUAGAAGAGAAGAAAAAACUUGCCGAAGAGGAGAGUAUUCUUCGGGAGAAAUCACUCAAAGCCGAAGCUGAGAUGAAGGCUCAAGAACAGAGUAUACGUCGUGAGUCCCUGGAGAGAAAGCGCGAAAUCAUGAGAGAACUAUCUCAAGCCAGCCGAGCGGGCUCAGAGGUCAGUUAUAGCGAGAAAAUAGUGUGCUGGCUAAAAACUGGCCAAGGAUCGACUGAUGAAGAAAUAUCACCUCGUGAAGACACUCUCUCCAAACCCGGAGUACCUAAUAUAAAACCUCUAGCGACGUCAAGUGUCGAGGGACAAGCGAGCGAAGAAAAGAAAGAUGAAAGCGAAAGGGAAGGGAAAGAAGGCUUGUCUGGAAGGCAAAUCGCUGCGCGUCACGUCCUUGGCAAAGAAGUGUCGAUAUUUAGUGGGGAUCCGGAAGAGUGGCCGCUGUUUCUUAGUACUUUCGAGGAAGCGGCCAAAACGUGUGGAUUUAGUAGUGCUGAGAACCUAAUAAGAUUGCAAAGAUGCCUUAAGGGCAAUGCGCUUGAACUGGUGAAGGGUCAACUGACGAUAAAAGAGAACGUACCAGAUGUGAUAGAAUCGUUAAAGAUGGUUUACGGAAAACCGAGCCUGCUGAUUCGUUCACUUUUAAACAAAAUUCGUAACUUGCCACCCCCGAGACCGGAUAAAAUGAGAACCGUUAUAGAGUUCGGGUUAGCAGUGAAAGCACUAACAAACCAGAUGAAGGCAGCUAAACUGAACGCGCACCUGAACAAUCCAAUGCUGUUAGAAGAGUUGGAAGAGAAGCUGAGCGGGGAGAUGAGGCUGAACUGGGCUGCAUUUCAGGAAGAGAAAGCAGCGGACGGGUUGGAAGGGUUUAGUACCUAUGUAAACAACCUGGCAAGGCGCGCUUGUGCGGUGACAAACGAUCUGAGAGAGAUAAGCAGAAUAGGAGAAACUAGAAGAAAAAAUACGGCCGUCUUGAAUACGCAUGCUACAACAAAUUUCGAAGCGUCGCAGAGAAAUGAGAGAGCAGCAUCUCUAUCUCGACCAUCUAGUACGCCACAUAAGAAAACCUGUGCGGUAUGUCAGCGUGAGGGGCAUCGUGUCUACGAGUGUGAGCAAUUUAAAGCUGCAGAUGUGAGUGAUCGCUGGAAAUUUGUGAACACGAAAUCCCUAUGUAGAACAUGCCUCAACAACCACGGCAAAUGGCCUUGCAAGUCAUGGCAUGGCUGUGGGGUGGAUGGAUGCCGCUUACGCCACCACAAGCUGUUACAUUCCCCGUCGACAACCGAAGAUGCCGUAAGUGCGUGCGCAACACAUGCAAAUGAGGUAAAUUCUAUUAGUCCUUUAUUCCGAAUCCUACCCGUUACCCUGUACCAUAACAACAACUCUCUAACAAUAUACGCUUUCGUAGAUGAAGGAUCGACAUACUCACUAAUCGACGAAUCAAUAGCAACAGAGUUGGGUGUACACGGUCAAAAAACACCACUAACGCUGCAAUGGACAGGACAUGUAACGAGGAAAGAGCCCAACUCCGAAGUAAUAAACCUUCAUAUUUCCGGAAAAGAUAGAAACACGAGGUACAGAUUAGAGAACGUCAGAACGGUCGGCCGGCUAAUGCUCCCAACACAGACACUAAAUUACGAAGCACUGCAACAAAGACAUAUACACCUUAGAGGGCUGCCGAUACAGAGCUACACACACGUGCAGCCACAGCUCCUGAUCGGGUUGGACAACAUUCGAGUCGGGGUACCGAUCAAGCUCCGUGAAGGACAACCGUCCGAUCCCAUUGCUGCCAUGUGUCGACUAGGUUGGUCGAUCUAUGGAGGAAGAGUCCCAAAAGGGGUACCGACAGCGCUUGUAAAUUUUCACGCCGCACCGCCAAUAGAUAGUGACAGAGAAGUAAACGAUCAACUGCGAGACUACUUUACGAUAGAGGACUAUGGCACGAAAACGGCAAGUGGAAUUUUGGACUCAGAAGAAGAAAAGCGUUCAAACCUCUUGUUGAGAGAAACCACAAAACGAGUAGAUUCAGGUAACUGCUUCGAAACAGGCUUAUUAUGGAACACCGAUUGCCCAAACUUUCCCGACAGUUAUCCUAUGGCCGUUAGACGAAUGGAAGCGUUAGAAAGAAGAUUCGUCCAAAAUCCAGCAUUAGAAGAAAAAGUACGACAGACUAUUAGUGAGUACGAAACAAAAGGCUACGCACACAAAGCCAGUCUUACAGAACUCUCCGCAGUGGAGGUAGGAAAAGUAUGGUACUUACCGUUGGGAAUUGUACAGAACCCGAAGAAGCCGGGUAAGAUUAGACUGAUAUGGGAUGCAGCAGCCAAGGUCUCAGGAGUAUCGUUUAACUCAAAAAUGCUGAAAGGUCCAGACCUAUUGACCCCGCUGCCACAAGUACUAAGCCAAUUUAGACAGUUUCCCGUAGCGGUAUCAGGCGACAUAAUGGAAAUGUUCCAUCAAAUAAAAAUUCGACACCCCGAUCGCCAAUCGCAACGUUUUGUGUACAGAAACAGACCGUCAGACCAUAUGCAAGUAUACGUUAUGGAUGUAGCGACAUUCGGUUCAACGUGUUCGCCUGCCUCGGCACAAUACGUAAAAAAUUUGAACGCACAAGAAUACAUAGAAAAGUUUCCCCGAGCUGCAAAGGCGAUAAUUGAUAACCACUACGUAGAUGAUUAUCUGCAGAGUUUCACCACGGUAGCAGAAGCUAUAGAGGUAACGAAAGAAGUAAAGCACGUACAUUCGAAGGGAGGAUUUACGCUUCGGCGAUUCCUAUCUAACUCCGCAGAAGUGCUGAACAGUAUUGGAGACCCCGCCGAAGAGACCUCUAAAGAUCUGAUGUUGGAAAGAGGAGAAAACACCGGAUCGGUCCUAGGAAUGAAAUGGAAGAUAAAAGAAGAUGUCUUCACAUUCUCCUUCUCCUCAAACGAAAAUAUACGACAUAUUCUCCGCGAACAUCACAUUCCCACAAAACGAGAGGUUCUGAGGGUGGUAAUGAGUCUGUUUGAUCCCAUGGGACUAAUAUCGUUUUUCCUCGUACAUGGAAAAACUCUUAUUCAGGAUAUGUGGGUAAAGGGUAUUGAAUGGGACGACCAAAUACCAACCGACUUGUGUCAACGAUGGGGGGAGUGGAUAAAACUACUACCACACUUAGAAAAAUUACGCAUACCGAGAUGCUAUUUUCGUUCCCCAUACCCCGAAAACCUUCAUGAUCUGCAACUGCAUGUGUUCGUAGACGCAAGUGAAACCGCGUACUGUUCCGUUGCCUAUUUUCGGAUAGAGAUUGAUGGAAUGAUUCAUGUUGGGCUGAUAGGUGGAAAAACUAAAGUAGCCCCUAUAAAAACCAUCUCUAUCCCAAGGCUCGAGCUGAAGGCGGCAGUCCUAGGAGUUCGAAUGUUAAACGUUAUAAGAGAUAAUCAUUCCUUCCCUAUAAAACGCCAUAUACUUUGGACUGAUGCGAGCGUGUGCUUGGCGUGGAUACAAUCAGCAAAUCCUCGACGGUAUCAACAGUUCGUUUCGGUACGGCUGGGGGAAAUUCUGACAUCAACCGAACCACGAGACUGGAGGUGGGUGCCCUCGAAACAAAAUGUGGCCGACUUAGCGACUAAGUGGAAUAACGGGCCCGAGUUGACGAUGGACAAUCCGUGGUUACGUGGCCCCUCCUUCCUACACGAAUCUGAGGCACGAUGGCCGGCAAAACAAUCAGUCUCCGAUACCGAUGAAGAAGUACGAGCGACACAUCUACAUAUUCGCCCAGUGAACCCACCAAUCGAUCUAGCGCGGUUCAACUACUGGAGGAACGUAGUUAGAUCUGUUGCUUACGCUAUUCGGUACAUAGAAAAUUUGCGGCGCAAAGUGUCCAGUACACCUUUGGAGGUUGGAAUACUCAAGCAGAACGAGCUGCGUAAAGCAGAAUUGGCGCUAUGGAAGUUUGCGCAACACGAAGCCUUCCCAGAAGAGGUGACGAAACUGAGCAAGACACUUGGAGGCCCGGACGAACGGCACGGGAAUGUCCGCAAAUCCAGUCCUAUCUAUAAAAAGUGGCCCUUCAUGGACGAAGAAGGUGUACUAAGGAUGAGAGGACGGAUCGGUGCAUCAAUCUACGCUACCUUUGCAGCUAAGUACCCAGUUUUACUUCCCAAAAAUAAUCACAUUACGUUCCUUAUUGUAGGUUGGUACCACUACCAGUAUCGACAUGCAAACAGAGAGACAGUAGUGAACGAAAUACGCCAAUGCUUUGACAUCCCCAAUCUACGAGCAUUAGUAAAGAAGGUGGCCGAUGCAUGCCCGUACUGUCGAGUGAUGAGAAGGUAUCCGAGGCCGCCACCGAUGGCUUCCCUCCCAAAAAUGCGCCUGGCAGCCUUCACCAAGCCGUUUACCUACACCGGAGUGGAUUAUCUCGGUCCAGUACUAGUGCGUGUAGGUCGAGCUAAUGCAAAACGUUGGAUAGCACUCUUCACAUGCUUAACAGUGAGGGCCGUGCACUUAGAAGUAGUUUAUUCUCUGAGCACAGAAUCUUGUAUUAUGGCAGUAAAGCGAUUCAUUGCUAGAAGAGGCACGCCCAUAGAGUUUUGGUCUGACAACGCGACUUGCUUUCAAGGAACUAGCAAUGAAAUUAAAGAAGAGAUCAGUAGCGCACUUGCAGUUACAUUUAUAAGCCAAAUAACUAACUGGAAAUUUAUACCACCUGCAACACCACACAUGGGUGGCGCCUGGGAAAGACUAGUUAGGUCAGUCAAAACGGCAAUCAGUACAGUAAUAGACUCACCGCGGAAGCCAGAUGAUGAAACGUUAGAAACAAUAUUGUUAGAAGCUGAAGCAAUGAUAAACGCCAGACCCUUAACGUAUAUUCCGCUUGAAUCAGCCGACGAAGAGGCGUUAACACCAAAUCACUUCCUGUUAGGCAACUCAAACGGAACAAAACAAAUACUUUCACCCGAAGUAGAGCAGAAAGCAACACUCAGGAGUAGCUGGAAACUAGCGAGGUAUAUUACCGAACAGUUUUGGCAAAGGUGGCUUAAAGAAUAUCUCCCGGUCAUUACAAGAAGAAGUAAAUGGUUCAAAGAAGUCGAAGACUUGAAGAUAGGAGAUCUUGUGAUCAUAAUAGGAACUACACCAAAAGACCAAUGGACCAGGGGGAAAAUAGAAAAGGUCACACCAGGGAAAGAUGGGAGAGUUAGAGAGGCUUUAGUACGCACGUCGAACGGUCUACAACGACGAUCAGCGAGCAGGCUUGCUGUUUUGGACGUCUUGCAGUAGGUGAACCCAAUCAAUAAAAGCUCCUUCGCACCAGUAGGGAGAGUUCACGGGAGGGGGUAUGUUGCGACGAAACCGUUCGACACCCUUGGCGUUUGAACACCCCUGACGAGACGAAAGUCAUACAGGGCGAACGUCAAGAGAAUCGCAGCGAAACGGGAGAAGCAAUCCAACCAGCGAGGAGUAAGGAGCAAAUACCAAGCCAUAAGCGUAACACGGAUAUUAAUUAAUUAAUAUUAAGUAAGCGUUAAAACUCAGAUUAGUGAAGGGACGAGAAAAGUAAGUGAAAAGGUGAAAUCAAAUGUGAUCGUGUUAUAAUAUGUAUGAAAUAUAGUUUCAGAACCGUUUCAAAGGCGGUUAGCGAAAAUUCAUCCCAA